GCUUGAGAAGUCUCAUAGUCGGCAAGACAGUCCCCCGCACCAUGCAAGGGAACUUGCGCCUAGUGGUUACCCUAGCGGUAAUCAUUCUGGUGUCUUUGGUAUCUGGGAAGGCGUUGAUACCACAAGAACAACAACCACAACAGGAGCUUAAGCAAAACCUUAAGAAUGUCGCGCAAAAUCGAGCUGGUUACGAUUAUCCAGCACCUAGUGAUGAUGUAGAGGCACACGGGGAUCUGCAUCACCCCGAGCCCAGUGAUCACGACCAUCACAUUGAGGAACAUAUUCCAGAUGAACAUCACGACCACCACGACCACCACGAUCCGGGUUACUGGAAAAAGAAACUAAUCUGGAAAGAGGGUGUUAAAAAGAUUUGGAAAAACUCUAAGAAGCUCGCUUACAAACCAGGAUGGAAGAAAAUUUAUAAGCCAGUUUGGCAUGACAUUAAGGUUCCAGUUUGGCAGGAAACAAAGGUGGUCGAUUACAAGAAAAUUUAUAAACCAGAAUGGAAGCCUAUUAAAGUCAAAGCGUUGAAGGAGAUAAAAAUCCCUGAUUACAAGAAAGUGACGGUACCAGUUUGGAAGGACAUUGUUGUGCCAGGGUGGAAGGAUAUCCAGGUUCCCGCGUACAAAAAGCUUUGGAAGCCCAAAUGGGUCAAGGUGGGUGUACCUGGCGAAAAAUACUUAGGCAAAGACCACGAUGGCUGGGAGUACACUUCACAUGACCUUUGGAAGAAGCGGCUGGUCUGGGAACCUUAUUGGCAGAAGUACUUUAAACCAGCCAAAACCAAAAUUUGGAUUCCAGACAAAAAACUUGUAUGGAAAGAUAAUUGGGUCAAAAUCUGGCGCCCUGGUACCAAAGAGAUCUGGAUUGACGACAAGAAACUUGUAUGGCAAGAAGCUUGGCAAAAGUACUGGAAACCAUCGAAAAAGCUGGUCCACGUAUGGGACAAAAAGUUGGAAUGGCAGGAGUCAUAUAAGCAGAUAUGGAUACCUUACUGGAAGGAUAUCGUUGUUCCCGGAAUCAAAAAGAUUUGGAAGCCCGUCUGGAUUUCAGAGUGGUUCCCUUCACCCGAUCACCACGACCAUCAUAACCACGAAUCUCACGGUUGGGAUCGAAAGGAUGGCUCAUCCGGAACCGAAGAAACUGGUACACCAGUUUCUACAACGCCAUCACCUAUUUCAACUUUGUGGAAAUUUCCAAAAUAAUGUUGCAUAUGCUAAAAUUGCAUUAUAUAUAGCUAUUGGAUAUUUGCCAUACUGGAUGUAGAUCCUGAAGGGAGCCAUUGCAUCACGCGUCGCAAAUAGGUAACAAAUUUAUCGUCUGUAUUUAUUUGCGUGGCGAACUGUAUAUAUGUGAUGCAAUGCGAUGUUCUUGCGGUGCCAAAUAGAUAUAAAAACCAAAAGUUCGAGGGCCCAACGAUAUAUGCGCAAGUUUUUAUUCAACUUUGUGUUAAUAAGACUUUUGUUCAUAGGAAAAAACCAAACAUUAAAUGUUAAAAAUAAAAAGAACUCAAUGCGUUGAUUUUGAAGAUGUCAUUAAAAGCUUUGUUUAAGUUAUUAAACUGAAUGUUGACGGUCGUUUUGAAAACUUGAAUUUGUGCCUCUGUGUUUGUGUGUUGUUGAUAUAUUAUUAAUUUUAGUUUUAAGUUAUUAAGCGAAACCAAAAUAGAUGUUAUUUCUUUAAUAAAUGUUGUGUUCUAAA